AUGUCUCUGCUUGUACGGAACCAAAGUACCCAAGUGCUCAAGUCUGCGGAGCUAAACCAGUGUGCAAGAUUGACAUUCUCCAGGCAGGAGAAUGGAGCCUCUGGAUGCGCAAUUGAGCGGUCAAUGAGCCCACCCAUUGGUCAAUUGCAACUGCCCAACAUGGACACCCUGUACGCCUCUCCUUCUUGUGCCAUCCCGUUGCCGAUUGCCACGCUUCCUGCAGCGACUGGCAUCAGCGGCAUCAAAAGGGAAAUUUUGGGUGUCAAGCCUUGGCCCUUGGACUCUCUCCACUUCUGCCAUGAUAGUACGGAUACCGCAAGUGGUGUAUAUUCUUCUCGCUCCACGGUUCUGAGGCCAAUGUGCACCACCAUGAACCAAUCCAAUGCGCCGUGUCUUAGUUCCAAGCAACUCAUAGCAUCAGUUCGGACGAGUGUCGGAAGAAAGACCCAUACCUCAACUCAAUUCAUCACCCAGACCGGUCAAUCUACUAGCAGUAGUCGAGGUUAG